AUGGGUGGGAACCAGUCCCUCUGCACUAAAUUCACAUUUGUAGCUUUUUCCUCCCUCGCAGAAUUUCAACUUGUACUCUUCGUUGUGUUCUUGGUCAUCUACUUAUUUACUGUGGGAGGAAACCUUAUCAUUAUCUGCCUGAUCUGGGUCACCCCUUCCCUGCACACUCCCAUGUAUUUCUUCCUGGUGAACCUCUCCUUUUUGGAGAUGUGCUACAUCACCAGUGUGGUGCCUCAGAUGCUGGUGCACCUGCUGGUUGAGACCAAGACCAUAAGUGUGGGAGGCUGUGCGGCCCAGAUGUACACAUUUGCCAUCUUGGGACUGACAGAAUGCUGCCUGCUAGCAGCCAUGGCCUAUGACCGUUUCGUAGCUAUUUGUCGUCCACUUCAUUACACUCUCCUGAUGGGUCCUCGUGUGUGUUUGAAAUUGGCUGCAGCAUCCUGGGUCACUGGGAUAGUGGUGGAGUCAGCCCAGACCACCUGGAUCUUCACUCUGCCCUUCUGUGGCACAGGAAAGAUUCAGCACUUUUUUUGUGAUAUCAUGCCUGUAGUGAAACUGGCUUGUGUGGAUACAUCCCAAAAUGAGAUUGUGAUAUUUGCUGUUUCCGUGCUCUUCAUUAUGAGUCCCUGUGUCCUCAUUCUAUGCUCCUACAUGCGUGUUUUUGUGACCAUCUUGGGAAUCCCUUCAGCAGCCGGCAGAAGCAAAGCUUUCUCCACUUGUUCUUCUCACAUCCUGGUCGUCUCCUUGUUCUAUGGCACUGCCUUGUUCACUUAUCUGCAACCUAAGACCGCGCACACUCCAGAGACAGACAAAGCAACGGCACUCAUGUACACAGUGGUCACGCCUGCCCUGAAUCCCAUUAUCUAUACCUUGAGGAACAAGGAAGUGAAAGGAGCUUUGCAGAGGGUAACACAAAGGAAUCGUCUCAGACAAAUGGCCUAA